GUCUUUGUUUAUUCACAUGGAUAUAUGCUUGUUAAUUUAAUUUAAUUUUUGUUUGAUCCAAACAGUUGUUCCACUUCUCAAGAUGCCAUCAUAAGGAAGAGUAGAGUAAAUAAAUAGGAUGAUGAAAGAGAGCAUAAACGUUUAGAGAUACAUAUUGAUAGAUAUCACAACCAAACCAGUAAAGAAAAUGGCUGAUGAAAUUGACCAGAGAUGCCUUCUUUCUCACGCAUCAUAACUUGUCCAUGGACUGCAACUUUGUCAUUCCGCUCGGGUGCAGUACGUGCGGCGGAAAAUAUACUAUGAGGGAGCAAGAUAAUGUCCUGAUCUACUGCACAACCUGCGGUGUGGAGUUCCACAACGGUUGUGAUGAGCGUCCGAGAAGGAUAACACAUCCUUAUCACCUCCAACACCCUCUCACUCUUUUCUAUCGAGACCCUGAAACCGGAACCAUAUCCAACAUCAUCCCUGACGCCAACCCUUGCAAGCCCCACAUAAAUGAUCAAGAACCCGACACAUCUGAUCAAGGGAAGUACAAGUUUUUCGAUAUUGUUCCGACCAAAUCUGAUAUCAUAUUCGACAAAUGCACUUGGUGUGGGAAAGAUUUUGAAGGCGUUUGGUUCUAUCGUUGCUUGAUUUGUAGCUUUUGCUUGGAUCUCCCUUGUGCAAAAUCGCUUCCACCUCUUACUAUCACAAACCCAAAAGGUCAUCACCACUCGCUGAUCUUCUUACCUAGGCCAUUACUAGUUCAGUGUGAUGCUUGUGGGUUGGUGAACGGGCCAGAACCAAGUUAUGCUUGUUUCCAGUGCAGCUACAUGGCUCAUCAAAGUUGUAUCGACUUACCACGAGUCAUCAAGAUCACGCGUCACCCACACCGUCUCAAUUAUAUUCCAUACCGUUCGCCUCUGAGUUCCUUAUGCCGGGUUUGCUACAAAAAGGUUGACGUCAAGUAUGGCCAAUAUUCUUGUGACCGCGAAGGUUGUGUAUAUGUAGCACAUUCAAGAUGUGCAACACAUGACACUGUUUGGGAUAAAAAAGAACUCGAAUGGGAACCAGAAGAGUCCGGAGAUGAUGAAAAAGAUAUCGCACCUUUCAAGAACCUUGGUGAUGGUUUCAUAAAGCAUUUUGGUCAUGAUCAUCCUUUGAAGCUAAAGAAACACAAUGGUGUUGUGGACACAGAAAAGCUAUGUGAAGCGUGUGUAUAUCCUAUUGUUGUCUCCGACCAGUUCUAUGACUGCGAGGAAUGCGAUUACUCUCUCCACGAGGUAUGUGCCAGUCUAGUACCUAAAAAGCUGGAUCAUGCAUUGAACAACCAAACCCUUUUCUUAGACCCGUCUCCCCAAAACGAGUACUCAUACAUGACUUGUCACGUUUGUUCCCGAGUAACCACUGGUUUUAGGUACAUACGCCAUAACUAUCCUACGCAAGGCGGUCCAUACUCUUUCAUAGAUGUUCGAUGCGUUUCGGUUCCAGAAUAUUUCACCCAUAAAAGUCAUGGUGACCAUCUCGUUUUCAUAUCAACCAUCAGUAGCAACAAAGAUUGUAAACGUUGCAAGAACACAUGUUCAGGGUCUCAUGUGGAAUGUCCGGAAUGUGAAUUCGCUUUGUGUUAUGCAUGUGCUACUAUUCCACAUGAAUUACACUACAAGUACGACAAGCAUCCACUCACCCUUUGCUACGGCGAAAAAGGCAGCGCUGGUAGUGAUAUAUAUUGGUGCGAGGUGUGUGAAAAACUAUUAGAUACAACGGAAUGGUUCUACACAUGCAACCAAUGUUGCACCACUGUCCACCUUCAAUGCGUAUUCGGAUCCUCUUUUCUUAUGAAGCCUGGUUCCAAGUUCAGUCUCAAUACACGUAGAUCUGCUGAAGUUAUCCGCAACAGUAGUAACAGUCGACAGCUUUGCUAUAGAUGUGGCAACCUUUGCACAGCCUCCAUCUACUACGAAGGCUACGACCGUUUUUACAAGGGGUUGUUGUUUACCUACAAAAACCGCGAUGUUUCAAGAGUUCCUAUUUGCUCUUUGCACUGUCUAACUGUGAAAAAAUGGUAAUGUAUACCUCCUCUGAGGUUGAUGUUACGUUUCUUAGUUUUUCUCAUUUUCCUGUCCAUUUGUAAACUCUCCAAUGAGUCUUGUUUUCCUCAGCAUUGAACGAAUCAUCUGUGGAGAUAAUUUGGCCAAACAACGAUUUGCUUACAAAGUUUCACA